UGCGAUUUGUUUUUAGCUUAGCUGGGGCACGAGUGAAAUUGGAAACGAGGGAAAAAUACGUUUAAGCUUACUUUCUCUGAGAUUGGUUUUAUCUAAGUAUUGUGGCAAACGUCCAGCACCUCCUGAUCUUUCUGAAGCUGAUUUGCUGCCAUGCCGGUGCACCGUGACCGGGAGAAGAAGGAGAGUACAGCAGAGGAGAUGGAAGUGGAAGACCAGGAGCAGGAGGCGUCCAGCUCAGAGGAGGAGGAUUCUGACACCUCCUCUGUCUCUGAGGAUGGAGACAGCUCAGAAAUGGAUGAGGAGGACUGUGAGCGGAGGAGGAUGGAGUGUCUGGAUGAAAUGUCCAACCUGGAGAAACAGUUCACUGAUCUAAAAGACCAGCUAUAUCGUGAGCGUCUCAGUCAAGUGAACAGCAAGCUGGCAGAGGUGGAGGCUGGCCGGGCAGCAGAAUAUCUGGAGCCUCUGGCAGUAUUGCUGGAGAACAUGCAGGUCCGCACCAAAGUUGCAGGAAUCUACAGAGAGUUGUGUCUGGAGUCUGUGAAGAACAAGUAUCAGUGUGAGAUCCAGGCAGCAUGCCAGCACUGGGAGAGUGAGAAGCUGCUGCUGUUUGACACUGUUCAGAAUGAACUGGAGGAGAAAAUUAGACGACUGGAGGAGGACAGACACAGCAUUGACAUUACAUCAGAGCUGUGGAAUGACGAGUUGUCAGGGAGGAAGAAGAGGAGAGAUGCUUUAAGUCCAGACAAGAAGAGGAGAAGACCUUCAGUGGUGUCUGGCCCAUAUAUUGUCUAUAUGCUACCUGACUUGGACAUACUGGAGGACUGGACAGCCAUCAGAAAGGCCGUGGCCACGCUGGGUCCCCACAGAGGGAAGAGUGAUGCUGACGGCUCUGUGUUCCCAUUCAGACCAGACAGAAACAGACCCAUACUAAACUGCUGAAGCACACACACAGCGGAGCAUUUGUUCUGAUUCUUCCCACAAUCCACUACACUGCUCAGCUAACAGUGACACCAGUCGGUAAGCUGCAUCUCGUGCCAACAGGCACACACAACAAGGACUCACGGGUUCGAAUCCCCUUAAAGAACAAACAGGAAUAGAAGCGUCAUGUUAGUUACCAGUACUUCCAUUCAGAUUUAUUUUGUCUGUACCAGUUUCUGUCCCUCAGAUAGGAAAGGGUUUUCUCUGUUCUAUCUAUAAUUCCAAAAUGAUGUAUGAUAUAAACCAUUAACGAAAAAUGUGAUACCCAGAGUUCAAUCUAUAUGGGGUUUUUAAAGAUGGAAAGUAUCACGGGACACUAAAACUAUCGAAAUCAAGGUUUUAUUGGCCAAUGCUUUGAAUACUCCUAAAACUCCUAGUGGCACACAAAAUGACCCCUGGUAUGAAGUUAGAACAUGAUUUAAGAUUUCCGAUCUACGUGUUAGAUGUCUACUACAUUAUUUCAGACAGUGUUUUUCUAAGUUUGACCUCUGAGCAUUAGAUCACAGAUUUCUUUUCUUCAAAGUAGGCGUCACAUGUGGGAUUGAAAUCUUUGUGAUAAUCGUUGGCAAAUGGUUUUCAGUUCUUGUUUACAUAUUGAACAGAUCCAUCCACUUGGGUCUACUUAAAGUAAAGUUUAACGACCUAGUAUCUGGUGAGGCUGCUUAUGUCUUUCCACAUUGGCGUAAAGACACAUUUUUAUACAAUCUAGUUAACAGCUGCGGUGCACCGUUGCCUAGAACUGGUCAACGGUGAAUGUGACAGUGUGUUUUUUUUUUUUUUAAACAAGCUCAAUCUGACAUGGACGCUGUAAGACAGGCACACCUUGAGUCAUGGAUGGUUUUCCCAGUUGUCCGAAUAUUACAAUCACUAGCAGUUCAAAUGUCUUUGCAAACAUUUAAAUAUGAGUUUUAUUUGACAAUACUUGAGCAUUCAGAAGAUUUUCCUUCCUGGAGUAUUCAAACAAGUGUGUCAUUGUAAGUUUGAGAUUUUUAAUGUUAAACUUAGCAGGUUAUUGACGAAGCUUCCAGUAAAAUGUGGGGAAAUCCUGGUUUAUAUAUGAAUCUUGUCCAUUGUGCCAUGAUAUAUUUUAAACUUUUCUACCUUUUGUUUAUGUGGAUCGGUUUUAAUGUUAAUUGUAUGAGACUAUUGAUUAUGCUUUGUUAUGAUGUUUUGAAUUCGAUGAUUUGAGUUAGGUAAUCAUAUGACAUGUUUGUACAGUUUUUUGUUGUUUCAGAAAGCAGUCAGCAGUGCCUACAUUUGAAGUGAAGUUCAGUUCAAUUUCAUCAUGUUCUGUUGUUAUAGUCGUGCAUCUUGCAUUCGAGGAGUUACAGUUUGGUUGCUGCGACAAACUCUGCGAUAACUUAAACUCGUAUUGAUAGCAGUAAUUAAAAUGCAAGAUAAGGAAAUAAAUAUUUCAAGAUAUUGUUGUGUGUAUAUGAGAUAGAAACAGAGUUAAGUCAACACAUUUAGAAAGGAAUAAUGUUUCAGAUCGUCCUGUCCUGAAGCUCAAAUUCAUUAAGAGAUUAGAUUUCUACUGGACACUUAGAUUUCAAACCAGCAACAUUUGUGCACCAGCAUCUCACUUGGUAAUAUAAUGAGUAGUGGGGUAAGACCAUAUACAGUGUCAAUGGAUACCUGAUAUUUUUUCAUCUUUUCUUGCCCUCACUGAACCCUUUCAUAAUAAUACUAUUUGUUUAUUACAGCUGGUUAUUUUAAUGCUGAUCACCAAAUUUCUCUCUUUUUUUUUUUUUUAUUAACCACUACAUCAGCAAUCGUAAUUGUAAUGUGUCAAUGAUGCAACGACACGGUAACAAUGUUAACAAAAGGAUUUUAACGGCCACAAUCAACAUGAGAAGGGGUGAGGUAAAGUCCCAAGGUAUCUCUUUAAAGCUGUUUUUCACCAGGUGUUGUUACAUUCUCUGCUUAUUGUAUCUACCUCUUCUCUCUUUCUGUCUCUCCGUCAAGCUCCUGUGAAAAAUACUCACAAACACGUAAAUGCUUCCAUUUUUACCACCAUCCUGACAAGAAUUGAUUUUGUUAUUUCAGUGUAUUGCUGGUUUAUAUGGCCGUGAUUCAUGCAGGUUCGUCAGGAUGUGUUUUUUUUUUUUUUUUUUAAUAGAUGGAAAAGGAACCAAACCAUGUUCUUCCAAUAACCCUUCACAGAUACAACCCACUGUUUAUACAGGAUGAUAAACAAACUGUCAUUUAAUAGUACAGAUUUUUAUAUACUGGUUUUUGAAGAUUAAGGUGGCGGGGAUGUGAAAUACUCAGAUUGAUAUUUUUCGACAGUUUCUGUUGAGUAAUGUGUCAGGUACAUUUGUGUCUUUUGUUAACGAUGUGGACGGGUUUUACAAUUAAACGUUUUAUAAUUA